AUGAUGAACAUGAUGCCGAUGUUCUUUGUGCUGAAAACAAAGUUAAAAAAUUUUCUGUUUGAAAAUUUGAAUAUACAAGAUAUACAGGGUUUAAUUAUUGCUUGUUUGUGUGUAUUUCUCGUGACAGCCCUAUAUGAGGCAUUAAAACUCAUUCAGUUGUAUUUUCAACUUCGUGUGAGGCAAGAUCCUUUAACUUAUGCUAAAACAGACAAUUCAACAAGUGAUAGAAGUGUUUUGUUGACUCCUUUUCUGAUACCAGUGAAUAUUCAACAGAUUAGAAAACAAAGGUUAAAAUUUCAUUUCUAUGGUUGUCUAAGUCACAUGGUAAAUUUAUCUCUAGCUUAUUUUAUUAUGUUAGCAGUUAUGACCUAUAAUGUAUGGUUAGGUUUAUCUGUCUUAAUAGGUGCUGCAACAGGCUACCAUGUAUUUGGGGCUGUUGGUGUUCAAGUCACUAGUAAAUUUACAAAGGUAGCAGCAAUUAAAAGACUGAAUAAUGAGGAUACAAACAUUUCAACACAAGCUACUGAUCCAGUGCCUGAUAAUUGCCAUAUAUAA